AUGCCUCCCACGAGGUCCUCGACCCGCGCGGGCGGCGGGCUCAACCUAGCCGCGCUCACCAACCCCGCGCCGGCAUCCACCGAGCUUCCGGACGACGACUUCGAUCCCACGGGCGGCGCCCUGACCCGCGACGACGACGGCGACGCCUCCGAUGGCGACGGCUUCUCCGACGACGACGACGACGACGCGCUGGACCGCGACGACGGCGUGUUCCGACCGACCGAGGACGACGAGAAAGCGUCCGGGAAGGGUGGCAGGCUGCGCAUGCGCGGCGGGCUGAGCCUCGACGAGCUCGGGGCGGAGUAUCAGGGCAAGCGCACGUCGCGCAAGGCCAUGGAGGACGCCUGGGCCGGCGAGGGCGACGACGACGACGUGGACGACGAUAGCAUGGAGGGACUGGACGCGGACGACCUCGCGCGAAUGGAACGUGAGGCCGCCGAUGACGACGAAGACGAAGACGACGACGACGACGACGACGACGACGACGACGACGACGACGACGGGUCCGAGGAUGGCGACGACAUGGAAACAGGGGAUUCCGGCGACGACGACGAAAUCAUGGACGACGACGAGGAGGAUGCCUCCGAAGACGACGACGACGACGGCGGCGACGACGACGGCGACCUCGCCGCCGAGCUCGCCGCGUUCCGCCGCGAGGAGGCGGAGGCCAAUCGCCUCGCCGCGGCGAAAUCCCAAAACGCCGUCAAGGGCGCGGCGGUGCGGCGACAAAACGAGAUGUGGGAGAAGGCGCUCCAGACGCGCAUCGUGCUGCAACGCGCGCUCAACGCGUCGGCGAAGAUGCCCACCCCGCCGUACGCGGUGGCCCUGUGUUCAGCGGACGCGAACGUGACGCGGGCGAUGGCGACGUGCGCGGCGGCGGCGAGGGGUGCGCUGGACGCGUUGUGUUCGCUGCAGGCGGCGCUCAUAGACGGUAACCCCGCCAUCGCGGAGGCUGCCGCCGCGGGAUCGAAUCCGGCGGCGGGCGGGGAAGGGGAAGGGGCGACGACGCCCGCGGGGGGUGGUAAGAAGCGGAAGGCUUCGUCCGCGAUGGCGGCGGUGAGCAAGUUUGGACUUCUCGCCGCGCCGGCGUCUGAGGUUUGGAAAAGCGUGGACUCGGUGUACGAGAGAUACGCGGCGUUCAGGGACGUUUCCAUAGACAGGUGGCACAGGAAGGCGCAGGUUCAGGUGGGCAAGAUGUCUGGUGGAGGCGGAGGCGGAGGCGGAGGCGGGGAGAUGCGCGCGUUCAACCAGAGCGUCAGCUCGCAGGUCGCGUCUGCGAUGAGAAUCCCGGACAGGCUCAUCAGAAAAUCUCAGCCCCCCGCGCACCUCGCGCCGAGGCGCCUCGGCGAGCCCGCCGCCGCGUCCAAGGCGGCUCCCACCGGGGAUCGAACCGAGGACCUCGAUGAGGACGAUCUGGAGGCUCGGGCACACGCCGAGGCGCGCGUGGAGGAGCUCUACGAUGACGCCGACUUUUACGAGCAGGUGCUCAAGGAAUUUUUGGAAUCCGCGGGCGCGGGCGCGGGACUCGCCGCCGCCUCCAAGCCCGCCAAGCGUCGCAAAAUCGUGGACAGGCGCGCGAGCAAGGGGCGGAAGCUGAGGUACCACGUGCAGCAGAAGCUGGUCAACUUUUGCGCGCCGGUCGAGCUGGAGGUGCCGCCGUGGGCGGAGAAGAUCUUUGGGCAGUUGUUCGCGUCGAGCGGAUAG